UUUAAAAAAAAAAGAAAUUCAAGACAUAUUUUUUUAUGGAUUUAAAGUUUUUUUUUUUGCUAGUUCUCAUUGGAGGAAUUGGAACAUUCUUAGGUAACAUUCCUAAAACCAGACGUUGUGAUGGUCACCAUAAAUUCAUAUUUGCGUUGUGUGCAACCGGUGGUUCUUUGGUACUAGGUCCUGAGGGUGGAACAAACCAUCUCCUAACUAGUGGUUCUUUGGUACUAGGACCUGAAGGUGGAACGAACCAUCUUGUACCCGGUGAUUCUUUGGUACUAGGUCCUGAAGGGGGAACGAGCCAUCUUGUGACGCGUAUUGGAUCAACUGAUUUUUUAAGCAAACUUUCGGACUGUCGAAAAUCUUCAGAUUCAUGUAAGAGGCUCUUCUUGUUGGCUUCAAGAACACCAACAAAGAGGAGAACAAACAAUGCUAUCACAAUUUGA